GCGUAUUUAUGGCUCCUGUACUCCUGAAGAAUGGGCUGAAUAUUGCUGGAUGCCACAAGUUCGUACUAACGAAACUCCUGGAGAGUGGAAAGAACGAAUUUGGACCCGUCUAACAUAUUUCAGAGAAAAUGACCUCUUACCGAAUCAGAGUAAAGAAUAUCUUGAAGCUAGGAAAUUAAUACAAUUUCCGGAUGGCAGUUCAUAUGCUCCUGAAAUCGGAAUAGCAAUAUGUUUCUCUUGUGAUCGAUUAGUAUAUACUGGACAAAGAACGAAGAAUAUGGGAAAUUACAACCAUAUAGGAAUGGAAAAACAUUGGAAAAUUUCAUGUACCGGAAGUAAAUACUGUGGUAUAAAUUACGAAAAGUAUUCGGAAAUUAAACACAAAUCUAAUUUUAAACGUAAUUAUGAUGAGGAAAUAUGCAUUAAAUCGUUAUGA